GUCUCCUCUCUCCGGCGGACUCGCGCCGCGGUGGUUGCUGUGGAGGCUUUUCCGUGCGCCGUCCGGCCGUCACCAUGGUGAAGCUGAGCAAAGAGGCCAAGCAGAGGCUGCAGCAGCUCUUCAAGGGUGGCCAGUUUGCCAUCCGCUGGGGCUUUAUUCCUCUCGUGAUUUACCUGGGAUUUACAAGGGGUGCGGAUCCUGGAAUGCCUGAACCAACAGUUUUGAGUCUACUUUGGGGAUAAAGGACUGUUUGGUCAUCUGGAUUUGGAAGCAAUCCAACAUGGAAGGUGUGCAUUCCAGCUGGAUAGGAAGUGGGACAGCAUUCCGGUGGUCAUCAGCUGGAUGGCACUAGGCUCUUCUCAUGCAUCUUUUGGCAAAGUGGAACUUCUGCUGAGUAUGAUAGACUAUCAGAAUAAAUAUUUUUUAACAAUGUAA